CUAACCUUUUCCCACCUGUGUUUGCCAGGGGACGCGGGAGCCCCGACCCCAGAGCCUCGUGCAACACAGCGGAAUAUCAGACACAUUGCCGAGCCCUGUGGGGAGUGGAGAUGAAGUGCUCGGGCGCCCGGAUCCUGCUGAUUGCGGGGGUCUUUUGGCUAUCGUACACUGUGUGGAUCAAACUGAGGCAGCCUCCGCAGGGCAACCCUGACCCCAGCCGUGGCUUGGUGGAGCUGCCUGACGGGACCUUCACCUUCCGCUUGGAUUACGCCGCCUUCCAGGCCGAGUUCCCCCAGCUGCAGAGCUACCGGUGCCGGGAGCUGAUCCCAGGGGACGGGGUUUGCACCGGGCCCCCAGGGCCGCCCCUGCUGCUCCUGGCCGUGAAAUCCCAGCCAGCGUCCAGCGCCAGACGGGCCACCGCCCGCCGCACGUGGGCCCGGCCCAGGGUCCUGGGGGGCUACCGGGUCCGACCCGUCUUCCUCGUGGGGGUGUCCCACAACCCCCGGGACAUGGCCCUGCUGGGCCGGGAGAGCGGGGAGUUUGGGGACGUGGUGCUGUGGGAUUUCGCCGAGAGCCACCACAACCUGUCGCUCAAGGAGCGCUGCUUCCUGCGCUGGGUGGGGGCGCACUGCGGGCAAGCGGAUUUCAUCUUCAAAGGAGACGACGACGAGUUUGUGAACCCCCCCGCUAUGGUGGCCUACCUGGGCCAGAUGCCCAACGCCCCUCACAUCAUCCAUGGCUACAUCCGCAUCCAUUCGGCCGUGAUGAGAAGCACAAAAUAUCGCGUCUCCUCCACCCUGUUCCCCCAGGACACGUACCCCGACUUCCCCUCCGGGGGUGGGUUCAUCAUGCCCAGGGCCAGUGUCCCGGCCCUGGCCAAGGCCUCUGAGCGCAUCCCCGUCUUCCCGCUGGACGACGUCUACUUCGGCUUCCUGGUGCUGGCUGCCGGGCUGCGGUACCGGCACGACGACCGAUUCCGGGUGUACGGCGUGCAGGACGAGCUGUGUCUGUACGCAGAGGCUUUCAUGGUGCACGGGGUGUCACUGGACAAGGUGGAGGAGGUGUGGAGGGGGUUGUACGAGGAGCGACGGUGCAAUGUGACGAGGCCCCUCCCCUCUUAGGGGUGCAGGAAAUGGGGCAGGGGCCUGUCCCCUCUUGGGCGUGUCUGGGAUGUAUCGUGAUAUCCUUUGGUUUUUAUCAGGCCAAUCCCCUGAGCUGUCCUGAGCUGGUGGGCCCAAGCGUGGGACCCAGCUGACACCCCAUCUAUGAUGGGAGACUUUCCCCUCCCUCGCCCCGGGGCCUUUUCCUUCCCAGUGGAUUUCACAGCUUCCCUGACCUGUACGGUUAGACGGGACCGCACAUCUCAGCUAGACAAACCUGCUGCCGACAUGCAGGACUGGCUUUUGCUAAACCAUCCCAGACAGAUGGUUCCAGACUCCUCUCGGAAAACUCCAGCGAAGGAGCCUCUCCAACCACCCGAGGCGUCUGGUCCCUUGUCCUAUCGCCUCUUGUCCUCCCCUCUGCGGCCAGACAGAAGAAUUGUUCUCCAUCUUUUUAUGGCAGCCUGUCAAGUGUUGGAAGUCCCCUAUCCCGUCCCCCUUCCCCUUAAUCUUUUCUUUUCCAAACUAAAUAUACCCCGUUCCUCCAGCCUUUGCUCCUAUAGCUGUUGGAUCAUCGUUGUCACUCACCUCUGGAUCCUUUCCAGGUUCUCUCCAUCCUUUUCCACUUUUUCUUUUUUGCACCAGCGUCACAUUGCUGACUCAUGUCGAGGUUGUGGCAUGAGCCCCAGAACCUUCUCGGCCACGCUGCUGCCCCGCUAGUUCGCCCUGUCUGUAGUCGUUACUCCUGGGGGGAUUCUGCGCUACCGCACGCGUGUGUAAUUAAUGAGUCGUGCAUACUUUUAAUUUUUUGCGCAGAAAAACGCUUCUGCUGAAAGGUUGUUGCGGUUCUGCCUUUUGCCCACCAGAGGGCGCUGUGUCGAUAGAACAAAGCAACAGCUCCCGGCCAGCUAGGGAAGAGAACGAGCCUGCAGCGCCUUCUUCGCAGCGGGCCAGGUCAGGAGACCGGGGCUAUGGGGAGACAGACAGUGUGGGGUUCUGGGGGGGUCAGACAGGGGCUCAUAAGGGCUAUUGGGAGAUGAUUGUUCUUGCUAAACCAUUGCUAGUGGGACAGAGGCUGAAUGGGAGUGGAGGUGCAGGACCACACAGUGAUGGGGGAGGGGUGCAGAGC